GGUUUUCCACUUUCCCAGAGGAAGAUCGAAUUUGCUCAGGAAAGGGAACUUGAUGCCCUAACCAGCUGUAGUUUAACAAUAUCGAUGCUUCCUUUCCCCUCUAGCCUUCUUUCUCUUCUAUCUGGGGUUUGGGGGUUGGACAGGAUAAGGGUGAGAAGGGUGGAGGGAAAAGAGCCCAAUAAAGUAGCCAGAAGUGGGUUAUAGGGCUGUGACCCACAGGUUGGGAACUGCUGGUUACUGUACUUGGGUGGUCUGGCUUCCCCAGUCUCCCUUGGGAAGCACACACUCCCACUGGAGUAUGUUUUAUGUUUUUCUAAGUGCCUCUUUUUCUUAACUCUCGACAUAGGCUUACGAUAUGUAAAAUAUAUUCCUUUUUUGUUUCCUUCCUUUCUUUUGACCUUCUCUCUCUUCACUUUACAUCCAGAUUGUGCCCCCACCCCCCAUAGCUCCUCUCCUCCCAAUCCCACCCUUGCGAAUCUCUCCCAGCCCCAUUGCCCCCUUCCCUUCUCCUCAGAGAUGCAGUAAAAUAUAUUUCUUACAACCGUCAAUUCUGCUUCAUAAACUAGUUAGUCCUGAAAUUCUAUUUAGAACUGAAACUGCAAGUCUUGGAUGGCCUGGGCGCCUGGGUCUCUAAAAGUGCAGGAUAAUUUCCUCAGGCUGCUGAAGGUGGCAGUGUGGGGCUGUCUCUGAAUACUGCUAGAAGUAUCAGAAAGAGGGGGGAGGGGGAGAGAGAGAGAGAGAGAGAGAGAGAGAGAGAGAGAGAGAGAGAGAGAGAGAGAGGGAGGCAGUGACAAAGACACAGAGACAGAGACAGACAGAAAGACAAAGAGACUGAGAGUCAGAGACAGACUGACAGACAGACAGACAGACAGACAGACACACACACACACACACACACACACACACACACACACACAGAGAUCUGCAUGUGAGUACACUCCUUAACAGUAAGUAGCCCUGAAAUCGUAUCCAGCCUUGUCUACUUACUUGUACGAUGCUCUGGGACUACAGUUGUAAACCUGGGCAUGGGAAUGAAAUGAAAAGAUUGGGGGGAGGGGUUCUUCUUAGAAAGGAAUAGGAGAUUGGAUAUGGCGCAGACAGCAAUCUUUGUUACUGUAAUCUUAAUUUCAACAGUAUUUGUAGGCAUGUGUAUGUCUUUACAUUUAGGCAGGCUGUCUGAAGACAGAAGAUACUAGGGAAACAUACUGUGGAAGGACAGGUUUAAGGCAAUGCAUACAAUAAUUAUUGUAUAUAUAAAGUACUUUUUGGUGAUGGUAUGUCUUUUAAAAAUAUCACAUCCUAGGGGCUGGGGAUUUAGCUCAGUGGUAGAGCGCUUACCUAGGAAGCGCAAGGCCCUGGGUUCGGUCCCCAGCUCCGAAAAAAAAGAACCAAAAAAAAAAAAAAAAUCACAUCCUCUUUCUUUUCUGCCACCACCAUGCCAUCCAGACUGAGGAAGACCCGGAAACUUCAGGGCCACGUGAGCCACGGCCAUGGUCGCAUCGGUAAGCACCUCGAGCACCCAGGAGGCCGAGGGAAUGCUGGAGGCCUGCAUCACCACAGGAUCAACUUUGACAAAUAUCAUCCAGGUUACUUCGGCAAAGUUGGCAUGAGGCAUUACCACUUGAAGAGGAACCAGAGCUUCUGCCCAACGGUCAACCUCGAUAAAUUAUGGACGUUGGUCAUCGAGCAGACACGGGUCAAUGCAGCAAAAAACAAGACUGGAGCUGCUCCCAUCAUUGAUGUUGUUCGAUCAGGCUACCACAAAGUUCUGGGGAAGGGGAAGCUCCCUAAGCAACCUGUCCUCGUGAAGGCCAAAGAGAAGGCCAAGAGCUGAAGGGAAGAUAAAGGGUGUGGGAGGUGCCUGUUCUGGUGGCUUAAAGCCACUUUAGAGGUUAAUUAAAUGCAAACAUUUUCCAAAAAAAAAAAAAAAAAUCACAUCCGGGUAUCCCCUCUUGUUUUCUUUUUUUUCUCAAAGUGAUUUUAUUGCUUGUGUACACAACAACAUUUAUGCCACUAGAGCAGAGGCUGUGGACGACUCAUGUUUCCAAUUGGGUGGGAGCACCCGCUUAGUCUUAUAGUAGCGAGCCAGCCAGUGAAUUCUGCUCUCUAUCGGAAUCGGGCGGAAUUUAGCAUCCUUAUCUUUUCUGUUCCUCUCAAGGUGCUUUCGGACAGCAACUGCUUUCUUAAUCAAAUGGUAGAGAUCCUCAGGGAGAUUGGGGCAAGGCCUUUGGACUUAAGGAUUCUCAAGAUUUUAUUUUCCAGUCACAAAAAUGGACCUGUGUCACACCAUGUGAGUCCCUCAGGAUCUCGCCUAUCUGGGAGGGAGUCAGGCCUUUCUUGGCCAACUUGUAAAUUUGUUCCUUCAAGUCCUCUGACAUCAACCUCAGCCACGUGGGCAUGCUAUGGCAGUAGGGCAGCGCCAACCGGAACAGGCCCUUCCUGGGAGCAUGCGUGCAACCCACGAUGGCGGAGGUCUGGAAGCAAAGAGAGCUCUUGUUGUAUGUUUUUUUUGUUUGUUUGUUUGUUUGUUUUGUUUUCUUUCUUGCCUUGUGCUUUUUUUCCCUCCAUCUUUAUUAACUUGGGUAUUUCUUAUUUACAUUUCAAUUGUUAUUCCCUUUACUGGUUUCCGGGCCAACAUCCCCCUAACCUCUCCCCCUUCCCUUCUAUAUGGGUGUUCCCCUCCCCAUCCUCCUCCCAUUACCGCCCUCCCCCCAAGAAUCCCGUUCACUGGGCGGCCAGCCUUGGCAGUACCAAGGGCUUCCCCUUCCACUCACUGGUGCCCUUACUAGGCUAUUCAUUGCUACCUAUGAGGUUGGAGCCCAGGGUCAGUCUAUGUAUAGUCUUUAGUUAGUGGCUUAGUCACUGGAAGCUCUGGUUGGUUGGCAUUGUUGUUCAUAUGGGGUCCCGAGCCCCUUCAAGCUCUUUCAGUCCUUUCUCUGAUUCCUUUAACAGGGGUCCCGUUCUCAGUUCAGUGGUUUGCUGCUGGCAUUCGCCUAUGUAUUUGCUGGAUUCUGGCUGUGUCUUUCAGAAGAGAUCUACAUCUGGUUGCAUGUUAACACAACCACUCUGAGUCCAGUAUGACUGAUCUGGAGAAAGGUUCUUUAAUGUGGUAACCAGGGUUAAAUGAAACUGGGUGCGGGGCUUUGGUCCAGUAGGACCAGUGUCCUUGUGAGGGGCAGAGGAAAACUAGAGAACUUUCUCUCAGUGAGCGCUCAGGACAGCUGUGUGGGCAUAUUGUGAGGUGGUGAAUGUUGUUUACAAGCUGGGAAGAAGGGUUACAGAAUGAGCAGCCCUGACACCAUUUUAAACUUCUGCUCUCCAGAAUGGUGAGAAAAUACGAGUCUGUCGUUUAAGACACUACCACUCGCUGUAGUGGUAGUUGGCUACACUGCUUUGGCUUUUGACUGGUUGUAAGCACACAUCCACCUAGAAGCUAUCUGAAUUCUCGGCUGGAAUUCACAGACACAGACACAGACACAGACACAGACACAGACACACACACACACACACACACACACACACACACACACCAGUUAAAGGUUUUAAAGCGAACCAUUAACAACAGUAGGAUCACUUAGAGAGUUUUGGCAGAACAAUAUAAAUGUUUACUCAUUUUUAGUUAGGGUGUCUAAGUUCACUCUGUGUGUGUGUGUGUGUGUGUGUGUGUGUGUGUGAGAGAGAGAGAGAGAGAGAGAGAGAGAGAGAGAGAGAGAGACUGGGGACUGAACCAGGGCUGUGCACAUGGUUGUCAUAAAAAAUAUCGUAAGACUUGUGGUUGGUGUUAUGGCUGUGCGGACACAAGCCUGACAAUCUAAGUUUGAGCCCUCUGACCUACAUAAAGAUGGGAGGCUAGAAGAGACGCCACGAAGCUGCUCUCUGACCUCCACAUGCACACCAUGGCAUGCACAGGACAAUAACAACAAAUAAUAAAUCUGGACUAAGUCCAGGACUCUUGCCAUACAUUUUCACAGGCAAAUUUGGAAGAUUUCUGUUAAGAUGAAAGUUAAAAAUUAGAAUCACUGAUUCCUAAAAAUCCCAUGAAAGCCCCCUUUAAUGACCUAGAAGUGAGCAUCAGCUGCAUCCUGGAUCAGAGCCGUAGAAGAAAACCUCCCUGAGCGGCUGAAAUAGUUUGCAUAAAAUCAAUGCCUGGAAUCCUUAAGCUCUGCUGUGUGCAGAAGAGGGACUCCCAGAGUUCACACUCUUGCUUUAAGUGUCAUCCAAAGAAGUGUUCUGAUUUGGUUUGCUUCCUUACAGCGGAAACCAACAGGUUCCUAAGUAGCAGAGCGCUUCUAAACUACUGAGAGUGGUUACUGGUAUCUUUCAAAGAGAAAAAGUUACAGUAGUGCAGAGACAGCCAAUGACACAUGUAUCCAUUCUCCACUCUCGAAUACUUGUUAACAACUCUGAGUUAAGGGUUUGUCCCUAGCCAAAGUCAGUGCACACUUCCAGAUACAGCAGUCAGCUGGACUGAUGCCAGAACAAUAAGCUAAAAUACAUUACAGGGCUCCCCGUGAGAGUAUUAAAAUUCUGGAUCAAGAUGGUGGCCAUAAAAUCGGAGAGUGGGUCUUCAAGUUUGCUUUCCUGUUUUGGUGAUUAAACGCUAUAACCAAGGCAGCUUACAGAAGAAAGAGCUUUGGGUUUAAGAGUCCAGGGUGGUGGGAACAGUAUGGCAGUGGGCAGCAGGUAAGAGAGCUCGAACAGCCAGGAGCUCACAUCUUAACCCAAAACACCAAGCUGUAGUGGUAGUCGGCUACACCGCUUUGGCUUCUGGCUGGUCGUAAGCACACAUCCACCUAGAAGCUAUCUGAAUUCCCGACUGGAAUUCACACACACACACACACACACACACACACACACACACACACACACACACAUACACACACCAGUUAAUUUUAAAUUGGUUUGGCUAGCUCAAAGGCUAGGCAAUUCUAAUCCUCCCCAUGGCUACCACACUGGCUUAACGUCUCUAAUUCUAUAUUUUAUCUUUCUUGCCCUGGAUCCUUCUAGGCAGCUCAAAAUGCCUCACCUACAGUUCGGAUGAUUUUUUCAUCCACAACUCUAAAUCUGAUCCGUCUCCCUCCUUGACGGUUCUCUGUCUCCUUUUUCAGUUCAUAGCCUGUGUGCAAAUCUAAAGGUCCCACCCGUCUCCCUCUGGUCAGCCAUUGGGGGCAUGCUUCCUUUAGCCUACAUGGGGGACACUGCAAACAGGAUCUUUGAGAUCACCAACUGCUACACAAAGCAACGAGGAGUUUUCUAACUCUCAAACCCUGCCUCCAGUGAUAUAUUCCCUCCAGCGAGGCUACUCUUUCUAAACCUCCUCUAACACUAUCCCCAGUUGGAGAUCAAGUCUUCAAAUACACAAGCCCGUGGGGGAACACCACUACUCAAGACUUGGAAAUGGGUAAGACUUGAAAGAUCAAAGAAGUGAACAGGAUUUCUGGUGAGGUUGAGAGAUGAGAUGUGAGGAAGGAGAAAGGCUAGGAUAGAGCUCAGAGUUUGGCAGGUGUGAAAGUGUUUGGGCUACUGACUCUCUGGAGAUCAUCGUGGCCAUCUGGCUGACAUUUGAAAUAGAGACUCGGAAAUCACCAAGUGAAGGUCAGAGGAGCCCAAACCCAUUUAGCAGUGACUUUCUUGCCAGGGAAAGAAACAUCUCAUUUUAAGUGGCUGGUGCACAGAGAGCCUUCUCGUAAGUUCCUUGAGGGCAGGACAUACAUCAUUUAUCCUACAUCCUCAAGUGCCCAAAUGUCCUAGACACAUAAUAAUAAAAAAUAAUAUUAAUAAUAAUAAUAAUGAUGAUGAUGAUGAUGAUGAUAAUGUAUUUAUUUGAUUCCUAAAAAACAAAGUCAGCUUGACCUUACAUUAUCUCCCAGUAGCAAGUUAAAAAAAAGAAAAGAUAAAUGUGCAGAUGUCCUUGUCCCUUAGCCAAUAGCAGCAUCCUUGGACCUUACAGGAUCUCACAAACUAAACUGACUUCCAAGUUGCUACCCAGCUAAGGUCACCUGAUCAUGUUUUUAUCUUUCAACUUGUUUCUCUGCAGGGGGUCAAAGGUUGUUUUUGUCUGACAGGACAAGAGUUUGUGAUUGCACCCUUUCUGUCCUUUCCGGCUUCUGCUGAUUUUGUUUUUUUCCAGCUGCCUGGCUCAGCCAGAGCAAGGAGCCCUGAGGGAGAUCUUCAGAUCUCAAUCUCCUUGUGCUACUGGCGCACUGUGCUUACAGAUCCAGGCAAGGGUUGUCACUCCCUCAAGAAAGGAAGUUUCCCUCUUCCAAAUCGUGGAGCAAAUUGCCCCUUCCCCGCCCCGAAAUUUUCCCAAUCCUUAGUACGUUCCUGGGGAGCAGGGAGAGGUCAUCUUUACUUGAAAAAGAAUCAAGAUGUAUUCAAAGGAAAAAAUCUGCAUUAGGUCAGGUUUGGAUAUAAGUAAAGAACACUCCAGAUGGGUUACAGAGCUUCUUUAAAAAGUAUGCUUUCAUGAUUUUAAUUACUGACCUCUACUGUGGCAAUCACAUUAAACCCCACCCCCAACACCUCCCAAUUUGGGUGUUUUGUUUUCAAGUCUGAGAAAUAGAAACAUUUAAUCCUUUAUCAAAGAGUUCUGAGACAUGAGUGAUGUGGCAAAAGGAAAACAAAGUGGCAGCUUUAAAAUAUCAGUUGCCUGGAAAGCAGGAACACCAACAAGAAUCUCACAGGAAAAUAAGAUCCAAAAGCGCUCCCAAACAUGAUCGUUCUUGCACGAGAAAUGCGCUGUAACAUAUCAGAUCACCAAAUCUGUGAGGCUACAUAUCAGAUUUUGCACUCCCCAAUCUCUGGUUGGCAGCAUCCCGUGCAAGCUGUGAAACUACAACAAAAACACGGCAGUGGCCUUUUUGUGUCUGUAGACCAUUCUUGCUCUAUCUGUUCUCUUUUGAACCUUUCAGAAAUAGUGAUUUCUUAGAAACCUGAGGUGAGCUAUUUUCACCUUAGCUACAUCUUGCAGGGAGCUCGUUCUGAAAGCAUUCGGCAGACAGGAGACUCCUAAGGCUGUGUGGGGCAGACAGAAGGUGUUGCAGGACCUAGGACACUUGGGUAGCUCUGGUUCUUCUCAUACUAAGGUCCCCAGUGAAGAACCACGUUGGUGAGAUAAGAAUUUCCUCAAGACCAAAACUGACUCAUGAAGCUAAGCCGAAACCACAGUGGGAGAUGGGUACCAGGUGGGUGGAUGGGGCAGUGACUAGACUCUAUUCCAUUUCUGAACCGGGGACGGGGCACGGACAUUGCCAUCUCCAUAUUAGGAAAGGCUCCAGGUGAUAAGGACUCGGCAGAGUUUUCUGAGAAGGCUGUGCAAUCAGAUGGAGUCAUUUUUGGAUAUAAACGCCCGUGGCUUCCCCUGCGCACUUCAGGGAAGACUUAAUUGCUGCGUUCUGCCUUCCUGCACUCCUCUCCCCGCAUUUAACCACCCACCUUCCAGUAGCACAUCUGCAGAGACGUGGCAGGCAGCCACGAUUCUGUCCCACAUUCAGCGCCAUCCAAAUGCCAGCCUUGCCGGGAUUCUGUGCGAGAUCAGAGGCUACCCGAGCUCUUAGAGGAAAGUUCUGUCUAUGACUGGCUGCAACGAUUUCCUAGGAGUAAAUUAAAACUCGGGACCUUCUGUGCUAAAGAAAGAGGCUGAGUCUGUGUCUUUUACAGUAAAUGAAAAGGUAGUGUGUGUGCUGUUCUCAAAUUUUACGUAUUUUUGGUGCUGGGGAUUGAAUCCAGGAUACUGUACUUGCCUUUUCGUGGGGUUGCAAACAGCCUCUCCCUGGCCCGUUUCCGAAGUAUAAUCCCAAAGCCCAGUCUUCCGUACUCAACCUGGAGAUGCAAAUCCGAAACAGGAAUGGUCAUAUUUACUCCUUCACUGGGUGUGCAAGGCCAUUUUAAGAUCCGUGCAAACUUUGAAUCCUUGGUAAUUUUGUUUUCUUUCACGUGUAAGGUGUGGCCUCAAACAAUAUUUAAUGGGUUAAGACAUUUGCUUAUACAAUUUUACACUUGCGUAUUGGGUUAUAAGUAAGCCCAGCCCAGUUUUCCUAAGAGAAAUUUUGUUCCAUAUUUCACUUUAAAAUAGAAGGGAAUUCACACUACCAUCCAGUUCACUCGGGCUUAUUGAUACAUUUAUUUACAAUGAUGACGGUAGUGUUAGUCACGCUCUCCGUCACUGAACUACAUCCCAGACCUCCCAGGGCUUCUAGGCCAGGGGUUCUCAAAAAGUGGGUCAUGACCCCCUGACUCACAUGACCCUCUCGCAGGGGUGUACUAUCAGAAAACAGAUUCUUACGUCAUGGCUCAUAACAGUAGCACAAUUACAGUUAUGAGGUAGCGAUGGAAAUAAUUUUAUGGUUGGGGGGGUCACCAUAACAUGAAGAUCUACAUUGAAGGGUCACAGCAUUAGGAAGGUUGAGAACUGUUUUUAGACCGUUACGGCUGAAGCAUUCCUGGGUUGACACCACUUUUUCUGUGGCUGAGCUGGAGAACUGCCAUUGCUCUUACUAACGGUAGUAAGCUGCUGUAUAUUUCAGGAUCGUUCACGUCAGGUGUUGUCACUUGGUGUCCUUAUUCUAAUGCGUGUUGAAUGUUCCUGUCUGAGCUGUGACUUGUUAUCUGUCCCUUUAACAUGGCUGGAAAGAGACACCCAUUUAAAGAUCACUGUUAGGCCUUCUCAACUUUUGCUAGAGGCUUUGGUCCUUACAGAUUCAGUAGCCUAAAAGCGUCUCUGUUCCUGAGGGUGGCACCAAUCGCAGAUUAAAUGUGUUCAUGAUAGAAUUUCCACUGAUUCCAUUUCAAAUAACUCCAAAUUUCAGUGGGUAAGAAUGCUUGCUUCACAUGUGUUAAGACUUGAGUUCAAAAUUGCUAGGGCACCUGUGAAAAUCCAGGUGUCAUCUUGUGUGUCUCUAACACUGGCACUAUGGGGAGGAGGAGAGAGACAAGAUGGCCAUUGGACUUGUUGGCUGCCAGUUCCAAACUGAAGUGAGAGCUGCUUUCUCUCAAGAGAAUAAGGUAUAGUGAGAGAACUGUAUGCCAACAUCCUCCUCUGGCCUUCAUGAAUAUUCCUGCAUGUAGCCGCACACAUGCAAAACACGAACGCCAAAUAAAAAUUUUCAUAUAUCACAAGUGAUGCAUGCCCAUGGUUUAAAACGGAAACAGGAAAAAAAAACCAUGCACUUAUAUGUGCAUAUUUAGAAAUAUAUAUUUAAAAAUAUACAUAUUUAUAAAAUAUGAUAUGUCCCAUUGCUUUGAAACAUUCUUUCUACUUAAUAUAUUGUGAUGAUUUCCCUUAACUCAAAUGGUGGCCUAGUUCUGCCUUGCAGAUUUGCAGUGGAAUUGAUUUAAUUGUUCUUUUUAUGCAAAUUCUUUUCAGAUCUUUGCUACAGUGGAUACAGGGAUAGGCAUCUUAGGGUUUCGUUCUGGAGAAAUUGCUCAGUCCUUUUCCUAACCUAAGCUGCUAGGCAGUUUCCUUUUUACCACAGCUCUGCUCGUGGCCUCAACCUGUCUGCUUCAAUGAGAACUGAGUUUGUUGAUUCGGAAGAUGGUGUCGCUUUAGUGGAUUCUCUGUCCCCUGGAAUAGACUCUUCAUUUCAGUUGCUGUGAUUUCUGGGCUAGAGGCUGCCUGAAGUUGGCAGGCAACUUGAUAAUCUUGAUUCCUGCCAUCUCUCAUUGUUUUCGCCCAUCCCUGUCUUCUCUUUACACAUCUCAAAGUUUAACUUCCCUGCACAUAAACCAAGCUUCACUUCAAAAUUCCAGAAAAAUGAAAAAUACAGGAAAAGUAAAAAAACCAACCAAACAACAAAAACCAUAACUCACUUCCCAAGAAACCCCCUAACUCAUUUUUCUCUCUUUGUGUAACAUUUCAGAAUAUUUUCUUAUAUUUAUUGUAGAUGUGUAUGUGUGUGGGCAUGCAUAUACUUGGGUGAGAUGUGUGUGUGUGUGUGUGUGUGUGUGUGUGUGUGUGUGUGUGUGCAUGCCUGGCACAGUGCACAUGUGAAGGUCAGACCACAACACACAGAAGUCAGUUCUCUCCUUCCACCCAGGGUGCCAGGGAUGGUACUCAGGGGGUCUCUUUGAGCUGUCCAUCUGGCCCAUGUUAUCUUUUCAUCCACCCCCACAGUCAAAUUUAAGUUAAGUGGCCCUCAUGACAUUGUGCAGUCUCUGUGAAGGACUCCAGUGUCUUCUCACAGGUAUGAGAGGAUAGCCCUGCUCCCACAGUCCCUCUGUGUGCCCCCUGCUCCAUAGCCCAGCUGCCUUCUCUUGCUUCACAACGACUAGUUCCCUCUCUCACACCCUCCCAAGCACACACAGACAAGCCAGGAGCUGAGUGUGUCUCCUGACUCUUCCCUUGCCCGUGGACCCUUGCUUGAAUUGUACUUCGGUACUGUAACUCAAAACCAUUGCCCAAUCCAGGUAAGUUUGAUUUUCCUUCCGUGAUUUUCUUUUACACAUAAAGUCAUCUUAUGGGGAAAAACAUUCAGAGGUCUUUGUUUAAACUCUUUUUAACUUUCUUGGCAGUUAGUCCUGGAGAUGCAUCACUACCUGAAGAGUAUACACCGUCCUUUUCUACUGAAUGACUUGUGUCACUAUCAGACUUCAAUUGCCUGCAUUUGUGUGGCUUUGUUACCUGACACUAACUCGUAUAAUUUGAAGAUUCGUUGAUUCAUACAUUCGAUCUGCACAUAUAUAACUGAAGAGCUAUGAGGUGGUAACUAUUACUUUAGGUACUGGGAACAUGAAUGAAAAAGAAAAGACAUAAACCCUUACCAUUUUCUUUCUUUUUUUUUUUAAAAAGAUCUUUAUUUAUAUAUGUGAGUACACUGUAGCUGUCUUCAGAUACACCAGAAGACAUCAGAUCCCAUCACAGAUGGUUGUGAGCCACCAUGUGGUUGCUGGGAAUUGAACUCAGGACCUCUGGAAGAGCAGCCAGUACUCUUAACCAUCUCUCCAGCCCCUUACCAUUUUCAUAUCAGAAAAAGAAUAGUCACAAAAGCCACAUACAGAAAAGGACAAGAGUCCUUGUCUUGAUAAAAUUGACGCUGUGGAAGCCAAGUGAUGUGUUAUAUGUGGAAAUACUUUUAGUUACAACCUUGACUUAUAAGUGUUGCCCUGCUAGGCAUUGCACCUGCUUUCAGUGCAGCUGCUUGUCCAUUACAAGUUCAGGCCAGCUGUUGCACAUUGUGUAAGAAACAGAUGCUGUGGACACACACAGUAGGAGGUACAGGUGCUGGGAACACACAAUAGGAGGUACAGGUGCUGGGAACACACAGUAGGAGGUACAGGUGCUGGGAACACACAAUAGGAGGUACAGGUGCUGGGAACACACAGUAGGAGGUACAGGUGCUGGGAACACACAGUAGGAGGUACAGGUGCUGGGAGGAGGACACAAUCCUUUGACUCACUUUCACUUUUUUUAACCUGUAGAGAAAGCACAGCAGUUUGAUCAUUCAGAUUUCAGACAACGAGUACAGGAGGAAAUGGGGUCCCAGUCAAGCUAUAUUUAACAAUGUAGCCAUACUCCAGUAAAGAAAUCUUCUUUCUAGUGUUAGCUACAAUGUCACUGUGUCAAAUAUCUGAAAGAACCUAAAGAAGGAAUGGUUUAUUUGGGCUCACGGUUUCAGAGGUGUUAGUUUAUGAUCAGUGUUGCUAGGGGUCUGACAAGAGACAGAAACAUCAUGAGGAAAAGCUACUCUCCUCAUGCCAAGUAGGAAGCGGGGACAGAAAGACAAAGAGGUCGGGGCCAGAUACACUCUUGAAAGGCACGAUCCCAGUGACCUCCUUCUUCAGGCCAGACUCCACAUCCUCAGCAGCCCCUCGGUAUGAGCUCAGUGCAUUAACUCACUGAUGAAGCCACCUUCUUGAUCCAGUUGCCUCUCAGGUUUGCCACUGUAGCACUGGUUGUGUUGGUCAGCGGGACUGGCUGCUUGAGUGCCUGGGAUUUUUUUCUUAUUAACUUGUCAAUACCUGUGAGCAGCAAAAAAGCCCCUGAACACCAAGUCUGUGUGAAUCACCACCCUCAUUUCCUGCGGGGUUCAGGUGUUCCUUUCUUGAAUAACGAUGAUUCUUGGGAGAGCCCUGAUGCUCAACUCACGUUUCCAGGACAGAAACUCAACUAACCAAAUGGACCACAGCUCUUUCUUGUGUAGAACUUUAGACUCGGUCAGAAGCUUUGCAAGUGCAAUAUGACCAUAGACACACUUCCUUCUGAUUUAUGAGAGAAAACAACAGCCUUCUCAUUCCAACUGCUUUGACCAACAUGGACCCAGUGUGGAUCCUACACACAUGCCAUUAAAGUAUACCUGGGCUUUGGGGUUCCAUUCUUGCUUUACUCAAGUAAAUAUACAUAUAUUAGGACACAUGUGACACGUUAACUUUGAAGAAAAAUAAUAAAAGGAACACUCUGUUUAUACUUCUAUAAGGAGAAUAUCCCAAUUCUAAUGACCACCCCCUCCCGCUUUGUCCUCUGAUUCCAAAGGAGAAAUUGUGUUUCUACACAUGGCAUUACUCAGUUGUCCACCUUUCUUUAUAGUUUUGCUGUUAUAUUCUUUUAAAAACAAACCAGUGAGUUAGAGAAUCAACCUCAUACCUCUCUUUGUGGGGUCGGGAUAGAAAUCUCUGUGUUUCCCCUCUCACAUCAAAUAUCCUGAAAUGUCUACAUAUCAAAUCAGCCUAAGUAGAUUUAAAUACAUCCAUCAAUCUCUAUCUAAAGCCUGGGGAAAACAUAUGGGGAAGAAGCAUAGUAUGUGGUCUAUCACAAUUAUAUAAGGUCUUUCAGAGCAGCAUUCCAUGGAAAUCAGCUUCAGGGAUGCAAGUGGGCGGUCAUGGUUCUCCCCAUUAGUUCUUCUGUCUCAGGGGUAUGUGCAUGAACAUGAGCCAGAUGUCUAGCCCUGGUGUGUGUGUGUGAGAGUGUGUGUGAGUGUGUGUGUGUGUGAGUGUGAGAGUGUGUGAGUGUGAGUGUGAGAGUGUGUGUGAGUGUGUGAGAGUGUGAGUGUGAGAGUGUGUGUGUGUGAGAGUGUGAGUGUGAGAGUGUGUGAGUGUGUGUGUGAGUAUGAGAGUGUGUGUGAGUGUGUGUGAGAGUGUGAGUGUGAGAGUGUGUGAGUGUGUGUGAGUAUGAGAGUGUGUGUGUGAGUGUGUGUGAGUGUGAGUGUGAGAGUGUGUGUGUGUGAGUGUGAGAGUGUGUGUGAGUGUGAGUGUGUGUGUAUGUAUGAGUGUGAGAGUGUGUGUGACUGUGUGUGUGAGUGUGAGAGUGUGUGUGUGAGAGUGUGUGUGAGUGUGAGUGUGAGAGUGUGUGUGAGUGUGAGUGUGUGAGAGUGUGUGUGAGUGUGAGUGUGUGUAUGUGUGAGUGUGUGUGACUGUGAGAGUGUGUGAGUGUGUGUGAGAGUGUGAGUGUGAGAGUGUGUGUGAGUGUGAGAGUGUGUGUAAGAGUGUGUGUGAGUGUGAGUGUGUGAGAGUGUGUGUGAGUGUGAGAGUGUGUGAGUGUGUGUGUGCACACAUGCAUGCGCAUGUGCACUCACACGGGUGCACGAGCACACACACAUAUACAUCUGAGUACUGUCUUAUCCAGAGGUGACAGAUUCAGAAACAAAGAGACACCUCUUGAGCAGUAUACGGCGGAUCAUGACUCCCAUGCUUCCUUGGGCAGUAAAAGGCAGAUUAUCUCCUUCUGACAGAGGGAGUCUCACCUACUGACACAGAUACUAACAUGAAGCUGUCAUAGGACGCAAGGAUGCAGCUGACAUUAAGUGGGUAGCCAUUCAGGACGAACCUUCAUCUGGGUUCUACUGGAAUAAAAAUCAGAAUGAAAACCAACUGGGAAAAAAUUUCAACAUUCAAAUGAGAAUGUAGUAUCAAAAUUUUGUUUGCUGCCCCAGGCAGGGAGGCACUGGGAAUGGCUGUCCAGACAUGGCUGCCUUCAGUCACCUGUCCAUCAUGAGGGUCAGCAGUCCUCAAGAAGAGUGUAGCGGGACCAAAGCUGGCACCUGUUCAGUACUUAUACGUGAAAAUGCAGCCAACAGUCGUCCAGUCACUGGAGAGAGGUAGUGACUACCAAGACACUGUUUCUAGAGACAUAGUGAAAGCACACAUCCUGUAUGUUCCAGAACAGCCAGGCCCCGGUGUUUGAGACUGGAUCUAUGUCUGAGAGCAGGCAGGUUCAGGAUUGACAUGGCAAUGGCUUAGGGACUUACUGACAGAAGCAAGAACGGUGGAUUAGGUGUUCAGAUGAGAAAUAAGGGACUUAUAAAGUAGUUGGGACAAGGUGGCUUCAUCCAAGCUGGACCGUACCUGGUUUGUCUUAAGACAGUACGGAAAACGUGAGGCACAUGCCAGGUAUAGACAGGGAUAAUCUCUGCUAUGCGCAGAGUAGUUAUUAAGUUCCACUCGUUAUGGUUUGAAUAGGAAGUGCUCCUGGAAGGCUCAUGCACGUGAACAGUUAACUCCUGGAUGCGGUGCUGUUUUGGGAAGUUGUGAAACUUUCGAACACGAGCCCUGGAGAGCAGACAAGAGGUUGUAGGAGUGUGGCUAACAGACUACGACUUGUCUGUCUGGGCUUCCUCACCCAGGCAGCGGUAACAGGCCACACUGCAAGCUUUCAUCACCCUGGUUAGAGCCCCACUGCCAGCUCUCCUCUGCUGUGGGCCUGGGAGCUAUGAUAGAUUCUUAUUUUGCUAAGUCGCUUCUGUCAGGCAUUUUCCUCCCAGAGGGGGAGGGGAAUGUUAAAUACAUCAUUGGUUUGUUUCUUUAUAUUGGGAAAUUAUGUGGUAUAUACAAGCAGGGAUACUGCAGGCAGUGAUGACAGUUACAGCGCAGACUGCUGCAGACAGGUCAAACUGCAUCCUUACAGUUCUAUAAAGAGCCACUCCCCUUUGGGAAAAUGGUCUCAUAUAACCACAGCUGGCUUCAAAUCCAUGUAGCUAAGGCUAGCCUUGAACCCCUGACCCUCCCAUCUCCACCUGUGAAGUGCUGGAAUUACAGGCGGAAGCCCCAUGCUUGGCUUAUGAAGGAUCUUGAUAUCUCCAGUUUUUGGUCACCGUUCUUUGUCCUUAUAAAAUUGAAGUAUUAUGCUCAGAGAAAGUAAUUCUCAUUACGCUGUUCUCAUCCUGCUAUUAAUAAGACUGGUACACCAAAUUGUAAUCAUUAGUUUAAAGUAAAAUGCUUCACUGUACCAUUUGGGUAAAAGGGGAAAGUUGCAGGAUAACUUAACAUGAUCUCCACCUGGGGGUGUACCUGGAAAUGUCUGAAACGUCUCAGUCAGGACUCAUCAGGUUUGGGCUUGUUAUUAAACAGUUGUUUGUUACAGGGGCUUCUUUGAGCAGAAUAAGAUAUUUAGUGAUAUCCCCCAAUUCUAUCUCCACUAGACAUCAUUAUAUGCCACCCUCUGAGGCAUAAGAAUAAAAAAAUGUCCCCCCAGCCAGGAGUGGUGGCACAUGCCUAUAGGGCCAGCCUCUGAGGGAGCCGAUGGCAGGAGGAGAACUGUUUGACCCACAUGCCUAACAGUAGCUUACCUUCUCAACCUAUUUCCAGGUAAACCUGGGCCGUAUAGUGAGACCUCAAGCUUUAAAAGCAAAAACAACGUCUCUAGACAUUGUCAGUGUGCCCUGGGGGACAAAAUGGUCCCCAACUGAGAAUAAUUUCUCUUCUCUAAUACACGUGUGGUGGUUAAAUCUGUGUUGGAUUUAAUUACAAACCAUUAAAGCUAUUUCCAUUUCUAGCAUGUCUAUGAUCAAUAUGUGUGCGUUUUGUAUAAUAAAAAUAAAAAUUAUUGAACACCCAUAGCCAUUCUAUUAUUAUAAAUUGUGGACACUUUUUAAAAAAAGGCUUUUAGAAACAACUGUAGAUAGAAGUUACGAUUGAUGUAACAAACCAAAGAGGGGAAGAGAGAAAAACAAUCCUAGGAUAAUUUAGCUUGAAUUCAUCUGGAAGAUGUGGGAGUGGUAAUGUGUGGGCCAGAGAGAAUGAUUUAUGACCCAAUGCACCCAGCCAUGAUGAUCGGCUCUGUUUAAUGGACCCAUUAUGUUUAUCACACUGGGCAGGCUUGUGCUCUGGGCUGUACAAAGAGUUUUUCCUUGCUUUCCUGAUUUCCAUGGAACAGAGCACAACCCAGGACAUCAGUUCUUUGUCCUGUUGCUGGCUGGGAGACAAGCUCUCCUUACUCAUUUUCAUCCAUGGGCAAGAUAUGACACUUGACUUUACUCACUUCCCAGGGGUGGAGUUUUUUUCUUUUGUCAAAAUUGUUUAUUUCUUAUGUGCGUGGGUAUUUUGCGUGUCUCUAUGUCUGUGCAGCACGUUUGCCUGGUGCCCGUGGUAGACAGACAAGGGCAUCGGAUCCCCUGAAACUGGAGUUACAGAUGGUUGGGAGUCUCCGUGUGGGUACUAGGAAUAGAACCUGCGUCCUCUGGAAGAACAGCUAGUGCUCUUAACGCUUGAACCAUCUCUUCAGCCACGGUGGUGGCAUUUUGAUAUAUCAGUUGUUUAGGGAUUAUGGGCUGUGAGUAUAGAUUCAAUGAUGAAUGUUUUCAUGAGUAAAAGAAAUCUAAUGUAGAAGCAGUACGUAAAACCCUGGGCUUGAGUGGUGACUAAUGAUAAGAUUAAUAGCAUUGAUCGAGAACCAUGACACUUCACAGCUACUCUUGGUCCUCAGACAUAGACUCUCAUGAGGAUUGUCGAGAAGAUGGUAGGGCCUGGCCACAGAAGAAAGGACACAGGACAGUUGCCUCCCAUAUCUGAGAAGUAGUGACUUUCCUCUACAAGACUUGUUUGAUUUCCACACAAGACUUGUUUGACUGUCUGAAUAUGAUUUCACUAAUUAAUCAAUCACAGAUUGAAUAUAUAACUCAAAAAUAAAUUUAAUUUACUGUAGUACUUUCGCAUACUCAUAAUAACAUUCUUGGCACAGGUUACUCACAGAGUAAUGUUAAUAUUUGGCCCACAAUUCUGGGGGUUUGAGUUAAAAAAUAUUGUUCAGUCUCUUGGCUUUGGGCCUCUUUAAGGGUGGCAUACCAGGUCAAGAGUGCACAAGGGAACCCAUGGAACUAAGUCUUACAAAUCCCUUCAGGGCAUAGCCCCAAUGACCUAAGUCCCUCCUACUAAGUACCACGCCCUUGAGUCCCAUUAAUAGCACAACCCUGGAAACCAUUCUUGUAGCAUAUGAACCUGAGGAGACACUUACUCAAAGUUUAGCAUCACUAACAUAGCUAACACAGCAACUUAGUCCACCAUAAAGAUGUUUCUUUCCCCUUUGUGACUGCAGGGCUGACUGUGAACUGUGACCCCCCCUGCCCCUUCCCAGCACUAACAGGAACAGUGACAUCCCAUACCAUUAGACAAGAGAGACAACCAACUGUCAAAGUUGGAGGUGUACAGUCUCUAUAGACUGUAUAUACUGUUCACCCCACGGGCAAGUUGAAAAACCUAAACUGAAUUCUCUUUAAGUCAGGAACUCUUGCUUCUCUCUCUCUCUCUCUCUCUCUCUCUCUCUCUCUCUCUCUCUCUCUCUCUCUCUCUGUGUGUGUGUGUGUGUGUGUGUGUGUGAGCAUGUUGCAAGAUACCAAAAUGCUGGAUACUUCUAAUACGCUUAGAGUGACAAGGGACAGAAAGACAACCCAGAAUUAGAGUCCUCUUCACAAAGGCAGAAAAUGUGGUUCAACACGGAAAGAUUUCAGCAAAGGCAUGGAGGAGGAAGCAAAUUACUAUUGUACUUUCGUGUGAGAAAAGCGGAGUUAGGCAAAGCAGAUACCUGCAUUAAUCUCAUGUCAAGAUGGCUUCCAUCCCCAAUGCUAAGCACACGAAUUAGCGGAGAAUAGAGACGAUACCACACAGCCAUCAUUCUGUGCCCCACCUGCUCUAAGUGGUCCCUGUUGCCUAGAUCUUUUUACCCUUAUAACAAUGAUAAGAAAGCUUUAUUUGUAUUUCACAGAUAAGGAUAUUGAAGGACAUACUAGGCACCUCAUAAAUAAAUAUUUUGUGAAUGAAAUCAAUAAGCCAAACUAUCAGUUAUUUUCCUUUUUGCUCUUUAAAAACAACCUAUAUUCUCCUACUCCUGAAUUUCAUUUCCAGUUUGUAUCAUAAAUCUGCUCAUCCAAGCCACCAGAAUCAUUUCCACAAAGACCAAGAGGAACAGAACACUCUGAUUAAUAAAAUUAUGCUCUAAAUUAAACCAUUAAAUCAGAAACUGUUUGGAUUUGUGGAUAAUUUCAAAAGACCAUGACCCCAGAAUCCAUCUCUCUUACCAGAGCUGUCUGCUUCUGCCAAAAACAUGACUAAGGAAACAGGAUGGUAUCUGUCUUCCUGAAAGAGUCUCUGUGGACUGAGUUCAUAAUUACACAAAUGCAUAAAACGCUGGUGUUUCUGUAGGUCUAAAACAUCGAAACAUCUAUCCUUUUACAGAGUUCAACUUUACGGUCUGUCGCAUUUUAAUGCGUGAUAUAGAAUUUAAUUAAAUGCUGAAGAAGGUGGGAGUAGUUACUGGAAUUAUGAGGAAGUCGUUGUUUUAUGACGUACUUCAGUUCCCACAGUAAAUGGUGUCAAACUUUAAUAAACCCUCCCUUACAGAUUCAUUUCACUUGCUUCUUUUCUAUGCCCCGGGUUUACUUACU